AUGCCGGCCGAAACGGAAACAUUUGCUACAUAUUUACGCGGUCUCACCACCACCAAACUGUCCUAUCCGAAAGUGAUUGGGCUUCCAACGUGGUUAUGGAAGGCGUCGACACACCAUCCGCUGGCUCCUGUUGAGGCUAGGAAUUAUGGAUGCUGCUGUACUUGCUGCACUUCUAAGUGCGGCUUUCUCUUGAUGAUGAUCUUGUGGGCCAUCUACACAAUCUUUAUGCUGGGCGUGUUGAUCAUCGCCUUCCUGGCCGGCCCGUCGUCCGAAUACCCUAAAUUUGUGUUUAAGUUUGAGUUCUGGGCUUCUCUCUGUGCUUUCGUCGGCACCAUUUUUGGUAUCCGUGCACUGCAGACGCAAAAACCGGCUUGGAUGCAACUCUUCCUGAUCGCUUGGGCGCUGAUUACAUUGAUCCACUCAGCGCUCUUCAUUUACAUCGGCAUCUACGAGACAAAGGGGACCGGCGGGUAUUUCCCGGAUCGCAAGGGGCAUCUUAAGCAGGGAUAUCCUUGGCCAGUGACGAUCGCCUUCGGAGUCUUGCUCUUAAUCUAUCACGUAUUUAUGACCCUUCUCUUCAUUUCUUACUACCAUUUUAUCCGGGAUCGCCAGCUGGAGCAGGAGCAGCAGCAGGGCAGGAUGCAGUCGAUCCAAACGUAUAGA